AUGUUUUUCUAUCUGAGUUUCCUCCGACCACCCCCUUUGCAGACUUCUCCCUCGGGUUCCAUAUCUAUUACUCCUCAGAUUGCUAAUGACCUGCGCACCGAGCUCUUCGCCGGCGAGCAAGACAUUUACUACGCCUGGUCCGCCGACACUCCGCCAAACGGCAGAGCGAGCACGUUUCCCUGCAUCAGCAAGCCGCAGAAACUCACGACAUGGCGGAAGAGCAGCGCAUACAAGGAGCUCGCGGUCCCACUUCCACCAGGCAUUCGGGAAGGCCAGUCUUUCCGGCUCGUUCUCACCGCGCACUCUUCAGGAAACCCGCACGUCGUGAAUCUCGCAGGUGCGACGCUCGGCGAGCGGCCUUUCCCUGUGCUGUCUAUGCCCAUCCUGUUCUCUUCGCGUUUGUCCGCAAAGGCUGGAUCCUCGACCAUGGGAAAGCAAGAACAGGUGGAGCGCGUGUACAGGAUCGCGGCGGGAUCCGGAGACCAGCUCUUUUUGCAUGUGAAAGAGCAGACGUCGUUCGAUCUCGACAAGAAAGUAUGGGACAGCGGGAUCGGGCUGAGCUCUUGGAUCGCCAGUCUAGCACAGGCGCGACCUUCUGACUCCGCUCCCCUUGUCGACAACCUGCUGGAUAUAUUGAUGUCGCGUGAACCACGGAAUAUCGUCGAACUAGGUGCUGGUACUGGCAUCGUCUCGCUGACGGUGGGAGCUCUGCGUGCGGCUAUUCCGUCCUCCAGCAAUGGAGGAUGCAUACUAACCACUGACCUCCCUUCAGCGAUGCCUCUCCUAGUACAUAACAUUGCAGAAAACGAGGCGCUAUUUCGAUCGACUUCAACCCGUCCGCGCGCACUCGUCCUCGACUGGGACGACGAACAACUCCCGAACGAAGUGUCGGCCGUCGUGAGCGACUUGGACCUCAUUCUAAUGGCCGACGUCACCUACAACACCUCAUCCUUCCCCUCCCUCGUCCGCACUCUCUCCGCCCUCACAGGUGCGCACCGCGAGCAAGCCGGGGACGAGACCGGGAUCGCGACGCGACUAAAGUCGCCGUCGAUUUUGCUAGGAUAUAAAGAACGCGACUCCUCUGAGCGAAUCCUUUGGAAUAUGGUACGUGAGAUUGGGAUCGUGUUCGAGCAAGUGGGCGAGAGGGUUGGUUCGGGAGGGGAGGCCGUAGAGUUUUGGAUUGGGCACGUAUCGCGAUAG